UUUUAAUUGUUUAGUCAGUUUUUACCUUGGAAACAAUUAAACGACAGUCAAAGCGAGUUAGGUUAGUGUUUUUGACGUUGACAAUAAAAGUGUGUUCCCGAAUUUCGUUACAAUUGGUGUCAGAAGUAAAGGAUAUUUGGAAGCUCAUUUUAGUGGAUGCCUUUAACAAGAAGUCAGGCCAAGAUGGAGACCGAGAAAUUGAUGGAGCUGCUAUUAAGGAAGUUUGACGAGCAAAAAGUAGAACAAGAAGAACGAGACCGUAAACUGAAGGAAGAACAAGAAGAACGAGACCGCAAACAAGAAGAGCGAGACAAAAAACAGGAAGAUUUACUAAAGACAAUUAAAUCUGACCUGAAGAAGGAAAAUGAAGACCUGAUAAGGACCAUGAAAGAUGACCUAAAGAAAGAAAAUGAAGACCUGAUUCGAACCAUGAAAGAUGACUUACUUAAUUUAAAAAAUAAUCUUAAAAAGGAGCAGGAGGAACGAGACAGAAAACAAGAGGAACGAGUUUUACAACUUAAAGAAGAUCUGGAGAAGAAUCAGAAACAAUUAAUGACUAACUUUGAAGCAACAGUAGAAGAAGAAUUGGGGCAAGUACAAAAAAAGAUCCAAGAAUUAGAGAUGAAAGUAAAACGGACUCCUCUUCAUCCCGAUCCUGGAAUGCAAACAAUGAUGAAAGUAAAGCCACCAAAAUUCGACGGCAAAGAAGCUUGGAGUACCUAUUUGAAUCAAUUUGAGGCCGCUGCUAGGGGAAAUCGCUGGGAUAACGAAGAAAAGGCAAUCAAUCUUAAGCUAAGCCUUAGAGGAGAAGCUACAGAAAUAUUAAGAAUGGUGCCAUCUGAGGAUCAGCUCAAUUUCGACGUACUGGUGCGUACCUUAGAGAUGAGAUACGGUGAAGCCCAUCUACAACAAGUGUACCAGGCUCAAUUGAAAUCUAGAAGACAACAACCCGAGGAAGGACUCCAACAGUUUGAGGCCGAUGUUGCUCGAUUAGUAAAUCUGGCUUACCCUUCAGCCCCAACAGAGUUCCGAGAACAAAUUUCUAUAAAUUGUUUUAUUGACGGAGUUCGAGAUCCAGAUACUAACCACGCUCUAAGGAUGGCUCAUCAUAAAAGUAUAUCAGAAGCUUUGGCCCAUGGACUAGAGUAUGAGGCAGCUUUUCAAGCAACUAGAAGGCAGACACGAAUAAGACAAAUCAGAACUUCGGAAAGUGAUCUCGAAGACCGCCUAAAGAAGCUUGAAUCAUUAUUAGCGAGGAAACCUAAAAGACCAUUGCAAUGCUGGAAUUGCAAUGAGGAGGGGCACCUUAAACGUCAAUGCCCCAAGCCUUUAAGAGAUCCAAGGAACCAGGAAAACUUCAACUAGUCAGCUUUAUGGGGCGCAAGCUGGCUGGGUGCUACCAAGCCCCACGUAUAAGACUAAACCGGCUGCCACAUCCUGGAGAGAGCUUGGUAGUACCGGGAAAAAUAUGCGGCCGUGAAUGUGAGAUGGUAGUGGAUACAGGAUCAAGUCAUACUAUCGUGAAGCCGAACAUCGUAGCACACUGUAGGCUCUCAGCACCACCCAAUUUAAUUCUGGAGUCUGCAAAUGGAAAAAGGAUCCCGAUUCUUGGAUUGCACGAAGCUACAGUCACCAUUGGCUUAACAACAUUCCAACAGCCAGUACUAGUGGCAGAAAUCAUGGAUGAUGUCAUAUUAGGAUUAGAUGUUAUGAAUGCUCAGCAGUUUAAAAUGGAUGUAUAUAACCGGAUAUUGACGACGAGAAAUGAAGAGAUUUUUAUGCACCACCUAUAUGAAGAUAAAGUAAAUACCAGAGUCGUUAAGUUAUUCAAGGAUGUUACUAUACCAGGAAAUUCAGAGGUGGUGGUUUAUGCUACAACUGGAGGA